AUUGGUACAGCAGAAAGCCCAAAAACGGCCCAAAUCUAGAGAAUGUUAAAUAGGGUUUCAAAACAAGCACCACAUAAAAGCCUUAACAUCUACGUUGCUUGACGGAGCGCCGGAACCCUAAUCCACCGGAGAAACAGCAAAAGUUCUUCGCAAUAUGACUUUUAAACGAAGGAACGGAGGUAGAAACAAGCACGGUCGUGGCCAUGUGAAGUUCGUUCGUUGCUCCAACUGCGGCAAGUGUUGCCCUAAGGACAAGGCUAUCAAGAGAUUUAUGGUGAGGAACAUAGUGGAGCAAGCAGCUGUUCGUGAUGUUCAAGAAGCUUGUGCAUUCGACCAGUACACACUUCCCAAGCUGUAUUUGAAGGUGCAAUACUGUGUUUCUUGCGCAAUUCACUCCAAGGUUGUUAGGGUUCGAUCCCGGACUGAUAGAAGGAACCGUGAGCCUCCAAAGCGGUUCAGUCGCCCAAGGGAUGAUGCUCCAAAGCCUGGACAAGCACCACGCGCAGGUGGUGCUGGUGGUCCACCUCCUGUUCGUACCUAAGGAUAUAACCUUUGUAUUAAUGUAUGUUAUGGUCCUGGGAUAUCUUUGAAUUUUCGUUCUAUAACGUUUAUGUAGAAUACUUUCUAGGUUUUGGCCUUGUGAUCGUCAAAGAUUAUUAUGUUCUUGGUUUCGUGUCGGUAGUUAUUUUCAAAUUUGAUGCUAUGAGCCAUUUUGAUUGA